AUGGACCCUUAAUAAUUAAUUGAUAAUUUAAACGAUAUCUUACUGACCGAUUACUUUAGGUACAUUGAAGUCUUGGGAAGAGGCAGUUUCGGAAUUGUGGUUGCAGCCUAUAGUUAAUAGUUAGACAAAGUGGUGGCAAUCAAAAUUACGCCCUAUUUUGAACAAGAGAAUGAGUCAUCGCUUUUGUAAGAAAGUUCUCAUCCAAAUAUUGUCAAAUUGUACAAGGUUCUGGUUGCUUAUAAUUUUAUCUACCUCAUAAUGGAAAAACUAGUUGGAACUACACUAGACGUUGUCUUGAAGGAACAAACCCUUGACGAACUCCAAAUUAGAAACAUUAUGCUCUAAGUCUUAAAUGCUUUAGCCUUCAUACAUCGCAAAGGAAUCAUACAUAGAGAUCUUAAGCCUGAAAACAUCUUUAUUUCUAAUGGCAAUCAUGUAAAAUUGAUAGAUCUAGGUCUCGGGUACCAGAUUGUUUGCAGAGGCAUCAUCGGCUAACAAGUUGGAACUCCAUAUUACAUUGCACCCGAACUCAUAAAUGGUUGUGAAUAAACGCAAGCUCUUGAUAUCUUCUCUCUUGGAGUAAUAUUCUAUCAGAUGCUGUGCAACAACAAACACCCUAUCUGGACUCAAGGAUAAACCAAAAAAGACUAUUACCGUACCCUCUCUCGAGAAUUUCAUAUCACUUAUCCCUCUCAUCUAUCCGAAAUGGCCCAGGAUUUCAUCAAGAACACCCUUACUCGCAGUCCAAUCGAUAGAAUGACAGCUGAACAGUGUCUGGAACAUCCCUGGCUACUGGGAGAGGACAGGAAGUCUCACCCGAUCACCAAUAAAGAAAUCAUUUAAAGAUACAAUUUUAUUUAAAAGUUUCAGCUUAUAGUGAAGGCAUUGCAGAUGGUAAAGAUCUUCAAAUAGUAAUGCCACGAAGAAAUGUAUUAUUUGAAAUCUUAGAAUUCUGAUGAAAUCAAUGAGAUCUUCCUUAAUGAUGAUGCACCCAAAACUUAAAGAGUCUACACUGAUACGCACAUCAAUAUUCGACAUCAUCAAAAGACCUACUACAAACCCCAGAGUUUGAAGACUAUUCAAUUAACCAAGAUGACUUCAUCUUAAGAUCUGGUGUCUACUAAAAAUAAAAUGCUCAAUUCUAAUCGAUGCUACAAUUGCCCUUCCAGAUACAAAACGUCUCUGGACAUACAAUUGCCAAAAGUCAAUAGUUAGAAGAGAAUUCAUUUGUAAUUACCUUCCAUCUCUCCUUAUUAAACAAGAUAAUCUAGCUUUAUUUUUAGAUAGUCAUGA